CUCAAAACCAGCGACUUUACUUUCUGAAAUGACUGUACUUUCUUUAGCUUGCUCUUUUUCUUUCUUCCCUCGAUGCCCGUUUUUGGAGGAGCUCCUCAAUGCCAGCGAUGCCACAAAUCGGUCUAUAUGGCUGAACAGGUCAUUGGGCCCGGUGGUGCUUACCAUCGUAGUUGUUUGACUUGCAAGGAAUGUAACAAACGUCUCGAUUCCACUACGUUGACAGAGCGGGAUAAUGAGGCAUACUGCAAAGUUUGUUACAACCGUAAAUGGGGACCAAAGGGAUAUGGAUUUGCUUCUGGUGCAGCAUUUUUGAGCACAGAGGAUAAAAUGCCUAAAGAUAUUUUGGAAGAACAAGGCCAGUCAUCCUCGUCCAACUCUCCACACUUGCCACCACGUCCUCAACAACAAGCAUCCCCUCCACCACAACCUGUUGCAACUACAACAACACGUCCACAGCCGGAAUCAUCGCCGACUGUACCGAUGAGCUCGUUCUGGUCGUCUCGGCAACCACAACAACAACAACAAGGCGGUAUUCCAGGCACCAAACCUCCAGCACCUACCAAACCACUGGUGCCAAGCAGCACCAAACCUUCGGUCGUCAAGCCAGCUUAUCCUUCGUCACCUUCUUCUUCAUCAUCACCAUCACCUGCUGCUGCAUCGCCGGCACUACCCAACCGACCCUCACCAGCAACACCACCACGUCCACAACAACCAUCGAUUGCCACCAAACCUACCUAUCUUAAUACAAGCUACGUACCCAAAAAAGUCAACAUCAACAUUCAGAACGACACGUGUACAAAGUGCGGGAAGGCUGUUUAUGCUGCUGAGCUGGCAAUGGGAGCAGGAAACAAAUAUCACAAGUUUUGCUUAAAGUGUACCGAAUGUGGCAAGUUAUUGAGUUCAACAAACAUGGUUGAUAAGGAUUUCGAUUUGUAUUGUCGUGGCUGUUACGCCAAACUCCAUGGGCCCAAGGGAUUUGGAUACGGAAACUUGCUUUCGACAGAAGGAUCUACUCGAUAGAUGGAUUCGGAGUGUGGUAUAUAUAUGAUUGUAACUUUACAAGAUGCUGUUGUGUGUGGUACAUUGGGGUCUAGAAGGGGGUCUGUGAUUGUUGUUCAUUAAAAAAUCAAAAAACAUCGCUUGAACGGAUUUGGUUCCAAGUAUCGACGCGAUAUAUGGGUGGUUGACCAGGAGUACGUGAGGAUGAUGGGAUCGACUCUACCACAGUGCGAUGGAAAUCGUCCUUGAUUGCUUUCAACAGUCGCUGAUUAUCUCCAAUGACAAUACCAGUGUUUGCGUCCAC